CGUUUCGAAGGUGGGUAUAGUUACAGUAAUUGUGAAAAAGUGAAUUUUCAAGAGUAUUUGAGAUUUUUAUUUCAAAUUUGCAGUGAAACUGAAGCCUUUAUUUAUUCUUUGCCUGUUCCUUGGAGACAGUUUGCGUUUAGGAAAAAACAUGAGGAGAAUCAAGGUAAAAUGCACCUUACUGUUCGAAAGUUUACGGCCAUACUUGGUGGCUAUAAGAAAGUUGGAGAAGAACUGGACAGAGCAAUAAGCGAGAGAACAACAAAUCGCCAGGUUCGAUACGUGGCAGAUCUUGAUGACUUUGACUUUGAUGAGAACGUGGAACUAUUGGGUAAACCAGAAUGCCCUCGACUGCGAUCAGAUGAAUUAUAUUGGCAUUUAUUAACUGUUUUGGGGAAUUGUUUAAAGGAGAAGACUGACCUAAUACGUAAAAGUGAAGAGCAUGCAUCAUUUAAUGGAAAACCACCGACAUUAGCUCUUAAUUAUUGGUUGGCCUUGCCCCAGGAUGUAAGACACGUGUUUACCCGUGAACCACCUUCGAAAAUCAUAGAAGUUCUGGUGGAAAAGUAUCAUCACUUUAAAAUGGAGCAUUUAAGAAUUUUAAAAGAAAAGGCCACUCCCCAGAAGAUAGCACCAAACAUUAUUCAAAUUCAAGAGGACCUAUACAAAAGAAUGGAAGAAGAAAACGAAAAGCUCAAGCUGAAAAAUGUUGAGAUUCAACAGGACCGUGCUGCAAAAGAAGAGGCCAUUCACUACUAUACUGAAAGGUUGAAGGAGAAGGAGAUAGAAGUGAAGCAACUUCAAAAACUGAACACUGAUUACCGAAACCAGUUGCACGCGACAAACGUCACUUCACUUCAACAGCAACUUCUACAUGCGAAAAGGAUUACUGAUGAUUUGAAAACUCAAAAGGAAACCUUACUCAAGGAGAAAGAACGAUUAUUGACUAGACUAAGUGAAGUAGCCGGCUCAAAAUUAACAACGAACAACCCAGCAAUAACAGAUCUUAGUGAUGAAAACAGACCUAUAAAACUGGCAGAAAAAUUUGGACAAUUGUAUGACGACGAAUGGACAGAUUCUCUUGAAGAAAUCAUGAAUAUCGGCUUGGAUGAGGUUCCAUCGGUUGCCUUUUUACUACGUAUAACUAUGAGUGCAUUUCAUCUUUGCCACAAAUCCAACUCAAUAAUCAUCAAUUUACGAGAUUGCAAGAAUUUAUUAUGGUGUGAUGAAAAUAUAAAAAUGGAGUCGCUACGAAAGAUCGAAUUAGCAGAGGAAGAAAAAAUAGCUUUAGAAAAUGUCACACAACGACUAAAACUUUCUAGACAGGCUACUAUCAUCGCGGCAACAAAGGAGAAAUUCUUACGUGUAGUAAAAGGGAUGUUGCUCAACAUUUCAAAGAAAAGAAAUUGUGGUCAGGCAUUCAAGAAAGAGAUGGAAAGGUUAAAUGAACAAGAUGAGAUGGAAGAAGAAGGAAACAGAGAAACUAACAAUGAUGAAGUCGUAGAUAGUAAGAACCAGACGCACAGUGAUUCUGAACCCAUUCCAGACGUAAGAGAAACAAAGGUGUUAUCUUCAGAUACAGUCAUACCAUUAAAAAUUCGUAAAACGGAUGAAGAUAGGCUUGUGGAUUCGGCAAGAGGUGAUUUUUCUAUGCCUAGCCAUCAGAAGUAUGUCAAGGAAGGUUUUCUUUUAGACAAAAAAGAUGUUGAAGAACUAUUUUCUGAGCCUUUGGAAAUUGAAUUGAUAUCGGAAUUUGAAUUGAUAUCGACAGGAUUUUCUAAGACAUUACAAUUUGCUGAGCACUGUUUGGAGCUCUGUUGGCUUAUGCAAUCAGUCCAGCCACCUGUUCAUUUGGACGCUGAUAUUCCAGAAAACGGACAUCUUAAAACAGAUAUAUUCAAAGAAUACACUAAGAAAGGACAUACAAUUAGGUAUAUAGUGUGGCCAGCUAUGUAUUUGCACAAAAAGGGACCAUUACUUUCGAAAGGAGUAGCACAACCAGAGUAAUGAUUUUUUAUUUAAUCUUAAAGCAGUAUUCAAGUGACUCAGCACUUAUUUAAGAGAUGCAUGUAAACUAUAUUUAUUAUUACUUCCUCCAAUUAACAAGUUUUCUACAUAUUUA